AUGCAGAUUGAUGUUGCAAGAUAUAGCAAAUUAAUCUCCCUGAAGGACACCAGGCAUAAUGAAGAGAGAGAGGAGAAGUUGCUUGAGAUACCUGCCACAAUUCUUGAUGCAUCUGGUGGCAUCAUCACAUGGUAUAUCCCAGAUGCCCUGACUGAUGCCACCCAGAAGGAAAUUUGGGUGGCCUCUGAUUUGCUCACUCCAAUCCUUGAAAAAAGUGUCAAGCUUGACAGUAAUUGGCAAACUAAUCAAGAGUGGUUCAAACCAAGCUCAGAAAAUGAUGUCUUAACUCCCAGAUGCAUCAAUUUGUCUCCAGCAUGGUUUCAACAGGGGCAUGAGAAUCAGUCGGAUCUGGAGGUAUCUGCAUCAUUGAAGGGGGCAUCCUCCAAGAAGAUCCUCAAAGCCAUUGUGAGGCCAGCAGCCAUUGCAACAAUGGCACUCAGGGUGAUGCAUCCUGAGCAGUACUGGGCAUCCAUGUUUAACAGCCUGUCUGUCAUUUCCAAUCAGGAAACCCCCAAUCAUCAAGACCAUUUAUCUAUUCCUGAAUGUUUCGACAUUCUCACUACUGUGGGGAACUAUUCUAAUGCUCGGAUGAGCAUGCCAAGUCUUCAGCUGGAGUUCAGGUAUGAUCCAGGUUGCAUGAUCGUGUUUUCCAGAAGGAUCAUGAGACAUGGGGUUCAUGCAGUGGAAGGGGAUCAGAUUACUUGGGCAUGGUAUAUGAGGGAUUCCAUUCAUGUUUAUGCUGGGGUUCCAUUGUGUGGAUGGGCUAGGGUGGAUUACAAACAGUGA